AUGCAACUGACAACAGUCCAGGUCGCCAAGUCGAUUGCUAGGUUUCCUUCAGUGCUUGGCUACAGCAUUGAGGCGAAUCUAAAGCCGAAGGUCCAAUGGAUCAAGGGGAUAGGCCUGAGCCAGUCGCAGGUUGCCAAGGUGAUCGCCGUAUUUCCUUCAGUGCUUGGCUACAGCAUUGAGGAGAAUCUGAAGCCAACAGCGGACUGGAUCAAGGGGUUGGGCUUGAGCCAGUCGCAGGUUGCCAAGGUGAUCUCGAGCCAUCCCCAAGUGCUUGGCUUGAGCGUUGAGGCAAAUCUGAAGCCCACGGUGGAAUGGAUUAAGGGGCUGGGCCUGAGCCAGUCGCAUGUUGCCAAGGUGAUCUUGAAGCGUCCGCAAGCGCUUGGCUUGAGCAUUGAGGCAAAUCUGAAGCCGACAGUCGAAUGGGUCAAGGGGCUGGGCCUGAGCCAGUCGCAGGUUUCCAAGGUGAUCUUGCAGCGUCCUUCAGUGCUUGGCUUGAGCAUUGAGGCAAAUCUGAAGCCAACAGUAGAAUGGAUGAAGGGGUUGGGGAUGAGCCAAUGUCAGGUUGGCAAGCUGAUUGCAGCAUUUCCUCCGGUUUUUGGCCGUCGCAUCGACACAAAUCUGUCAGCGAAACACCGCCUUCUACAGGAUUUUUUCCCCGGAGUGGAGGCAGCAGAAUUGCUGGCCCAAUCACCUCGCCUUUGGAGCUAUAGGUAUGCUCGACUUGAGCAUCGCCUGUCAGUGUUGAAAUCUCACAACGAUCUAUCCAAGCUUGCGGGCGCCAUGACACUUCCCCUGGAUGGCGCCUCGCCCUUGCACCUGGCGGCGCAGCUGGGGAAGCCGGAGCCGGUGCUUUGGAGUUCUUUGGUGGUUGGAGGCUUCCUGACCUGUGGGCUCGAAGAUCCAAGGCCCCUGUCAGCCAAGCAGAUUAGCUUCGGUAGCUUGCCGCCGACAUCGAAGAUGCAGCAUCCAUCUUGGAGACGAUGGCUUCGUCGUGGUGGUCUGGUACAUCGCCCUUGUGCGAAUCUUCCUCGCUUCACCUUUGGAGCUGCUUUGACGGAAUCGACUCCACCGGCUUGGUGGCUGAAGGGCCGGCCCCGGAACGUCUUUCGGAGUAGGGCUGAGGUAGAGCUCCUCUCCCAGCUGGCAGUGCUGCUCAUGCCGGAUGAGCCCAUUGCCGAGGCUUUUCGCGAUUUUCCGGUUCAGAGGUGCAAGGGGUGGGGUUCCAGCAGAUUGUGCCCAGAUUUCGCAGCACACGGUGUGCUGAAAAGAGCAGGUGCUGCUCUGUUCAUCGAGUACGAUGGCUAUUAUCGUCACAUGGAGCCAGCGGGCCUAAACAGGGACGUGCGCAAGACAAGUGCACUGUUGAAGUUCGCCCCUGUGGGAUCUAUCGUGCUGCGCAUCGCGCACAAGGAGCGACAGUGGAAGGACAACUCCGUGCAAGUAUUGGUGGACUGUUGGCAGUCCGAGCACGUGCCUUCGCUUCACAAAACGGUGAGGCAAGUUGUAGCUUCUCUGCUGCAAUCUUGUCGUGCGGAGCUGGUGCCCGGGCUCGUUUCACAGCUUGAGGCACGUGCCCAAAUGCAAAUCGACAGGCAAGCACAAACCUUUGCAGUGGACGCAGAGUUGGUGGGCAGCGCGUCUCGCAGCAGUGGGCUAGCAGUUGAAGAGUUUCUCCAGACGGAGAUGCAGCUGACACCGGUUCAAGUUGCCAGGUCGAUUGCUAGGUUUCCUUCAGUGCUCGGCUUGAGCAUUGAGGCGAGACUAUUGCCAACAGUCGGAUGGAUCAAGGGUCUCGGCCUGAGCCAGUCGCAAGUUGCCAAGGUGAUCGCGAGCUUUCCCCAAGUGCUUGGUUACAACAUUGAGGCAAACCUGAAGCCGACAGUGGAAUGGAUUAAGGGGCUGGGCCUGCGCCAGUCGCAGGUUGCCAAGAUGAUCACGCGUUGUCCCCAAGUGCUCAGCUACAGCAUUGAGGCAAAUCUGAAGCCAACAGUCGAAUGGAUCAAAGGGUUGGGCUUGAGCCAGUCGCAAGUUGCCAAGGUGAUCUCGAGCUAUCCCCAAGUGCUUGGCUUGAGCAUUGAGUCAAAUCUGGAGCGAACAGUCGAAUGGAUCCAGGGGUUGGGCUUGAGCCAGUCGCAGGUUGCGAAGGUGAUCGCGACCUUUCCCCCAGUGCUGGGCUUGAGCAUUGAGGCAAAUCUGAAGCCAGCAGUCGAAUGGUUCAAAGGGUUGGGCCUUAGCCAGUCGCAGGUUGCCAAGGUGAUCGCGACCUUUCCCCAGGUGCUUGGCUUGAGCAUUGAGGCAAAUCUGAAGCCAACAGUCGAAUGGAUCAAGGGGCUGGGCCUUAGCCAGUCGCAGGUUGCCAAGGUGAUCUUGCGGCGUCCGCAAGUGCUUGGCAUGAGCAUUGAGGGCAAUCUGAAGCCAACA